AAUUAAUAUAAAUAAUUACCAAAUAAAAAUAAAUAAUUUUUAAAUUUUAUGAAAUUGUGAUAGUUUUUACCUGCGAGUGACUAUUAUAAUCUUUUAUAACACCACAAUAUAUACAACACUGCAAUGGAGCAUAUUGUUGACUCAAUCAAUGAACUGAAGGAGCAUUUUACUGCAAAAAUGGCAGACUUCCACACUCAGAUGUCGAAGGCCCCGCCCUCCACCACCACAGACGGACUGGCUGCUGAAUUCUCUGUGUUCCGGUCGUUCAUCAUGAUGGCACUGGGCAGCCUCCAGCAGCAGGUGGGGAUGUUGGUGCAGCACAUCGACAAGAUGGAAACACACAGCCGCCGGAAAAUGCUUCUUCUGCAUGGUGUUCCAGACAAUAAGAGCGAGGACACAGUUGCUGCCCUUGUGAAGGCUGUGACUGAUCACAUACAGGACCCUGGAUUCGUCUGCGCCACCGACAUUGCGCGUUGUCAUAGGCUGGGUCGCGUUGGAGAGAAGCCUCGCCCUAUCCUUGUCAAAUUCAAGGAUCUCUCAGUAAGGAACAGGGUAUGGCACGCUAAAUCGAAGCUCAAGGGCAGCGGACGGACGCUAGCAGAGUUCCUGACCAAGCCGCGUCACGAUGCGUUCCUGGCAGCCCGGCAGCGGCUCGGCGUCUCGCGCUGCUGGACGAGGGGCGGCUGCGUCAUUGUGCUGGACCGCGACGGGAAGCAGCACAGCAUCACGACACUGGCUGAGCUCAAUGUGAUCUGCCCGGCCGCGGCGGCGCCAGAAGCACCAGCCUCUGCGCCUGCGCCUAAAGAAGCGAAGACAGCCGGUGAUGUGGCCUCAUCAGCUAAGGCUAGGGUCAAAAGGGUUCCAAGAAAGUAGUCCCCAUCACGUUUUCAUUUCCCGAGUUCGUUCUUUUGCGUUCAAUUUGGUACCCUCCACUGGUUCAAUGUGCAUUUUUAUUUUUUAUUGGUUAUGUGUUAUGUCCGUGUUGUCCGUGACGUAGUAAAUUGUCAACUUGACAAGUGACAACUGACAUUCUGUCUUAGCGUGCGUUACACAGACUAUUAUUUGUAAUUUUGUUUUUCCUGUUAUAACUUAGUUUUUGGAACGAAAUAAUAUUGUAUUGCGUUUUGUUUCUUUUUGCUUAUGUUGUUUUGUGAUGUUAAAAUAUUUCUGUUAGUUAAAUUUUCUGUAUUAAUAGUUGCUCGCAGGUACCUACAGGUAUUUGCAAGUUUAUUGUAAUACUUUAGUAUAUUAUUAUUUGUACUGUUAGUGUAGGUUAGUAUUAUAUUAGGUAU